GCCUGCCACGCAGUCUCCUCAUGGAGUGCAAUGUAAUCGGCUGAAAACUUGAAAUCAGCCCUAAUUAAUCAGCCAUUCCGAUUAAUUGGUCGACCUCUAGUGUGUAGGCCAGAUGUGUUGGUUUAUGUAAAGAUAAUUGAUAGGCUGGGGUUAGGUCAUAGUUUGCUAGAGGAUAAAGUGUCAUAGUUAGAGGAAAGAGAGGAUAAAGGCUCAUGGUUAGAGGAAAGAGAGGAUAAAGGGUCAUGGUUAGAGGAUAUAUAGUAUAAAGGGUCAUGGUUAGAGGAUAGAGAGGAUAAAGGGUCAUGGUUAGAGGAUAGAGAGUAUAAAGGGUCAUGGUUAGAGGAUAGAGAGUAUAAGGGUCAUGGUUAGAGGAUAGAGAAGAUAAAGGGUCAUGGUUAGAGGAUAGAGAUUAUAAGGGGUCAUGGUUAGAGGAUAGAGAUUAUAAGGGGUCAUGGUUAGAGGAUAGAGAGUAUAAAGGGUCAUGUUUAGAGGAUAGAGAGGAUUAAGGGUCAUGGUUAGAGGAUAGAGAGGAUAAAGGGUCAUGGUUAGAGGAUAGAGAGUAUAAAGGGUCAUGGUUAGAGGAUAGAGAGGAUAAAGGGUCAUGGUUAGAGGAUUAGAGAGGAUAAGGGUCAUGGUUAGAGGAUAUAUAGUAUAAAGGGUCAUGGUUAGAGGAUAGGGAGUAUAAGGGGUCAUGGUUAGAGGAUUAGAGAGGAUACGGGUCAUGGUUAGAGGAAAGAGAGGAUAAGGUGUCAUGGUUAGAGGAUAGAGAGGAUAAAGGGUCAUGGUUAGAGGAUAGAGAAGAUAAGGGUCAUGGUUAGAGGAUAGAGAAGAUAAAGGGUCAUGGUUAGAGGAUAGAGAUUAUAAGGGGUCAUGGUUAGAGGAUAGAGAGUAUAAGGGUCAUGGUUAGAGGAUAGAGAGGAUAAAGGGUCAUGGUUAGAGGAUAGAGAGUAUAAAGGGUCAUGGUUAGAGGAUAGAGAGGAUAAAGGGUCAUGGUUAGAGGAUAGAGAAGAUAAGGGUCAUGGUUAGAGGAUAGAGAGGAUAAAGGGUCAUGGUUAGAGGAUAGAGAGUAUAAAGGGUCAUGGUUAGAGGAUAGAGAGGAUAAGGGUCAUGGUUAGAGGAUAGAGAUUAUAAGGGGUCAUGGUUAGAGGAUAGAGAGUAUAAAGGGUCAUGGUUAGAGGAUAGAGAGGAUAAAGGGUCAUGGUUAGAGGAUAGAGAGGAUAAAGGGUCAUGGUUAGAGGAUUAGAGAGGAUAAGGGUCAUGGUUAGAGGAUAGAGAGGAUAAGGGGUCAUGUUUAGAGGAUAGAGAGGAUAAAGGGUCAUGGUUAGAGGAAAGAGAGGAUAAAGGGUCAUGGUUAGAGGAUAGAGAGGAUAAAGGGUCAUGGUUAGAGGAUAGAGAAGAUAAGGGUCAUGGUUAGAGGAUAGAGAGGAUAAGGGGUCAUGGUUAGAGGAUUAGAGAGUAUAAAGGGUCAUGGAUAGAGGAUAGAGAGUAUAAGGGGUCAUGGUUAGAGGAUUAGAGAGGAUAAAGGGUCAUGGUUAGAGGAUUAGAGAGUAUAAAGGGUCAUGGAUAGAGGAUAGAGAGUAUAAGGGGUCAUGGUUAGAGGAUAGAGAGGAUAAAGGGUCAUGUUUAGAGGAUAGAGAGGAUAAAGGGUCAUGGUUAGAGGAUAGAGAGGAUAAAGGGUCAUGGUUAGAGGAUAGAGAGGAUAAAGGGUCAUGGUUAGAGGAUAGAGAGGAUAAAGGGUCAUGGUUAGAGGAUAGAGAGGAUAAAGGGUCAUGGUUAGAGGAUUAGAGAGUAUAAAGGGUCAUGGAUAGAGGAUUAGAGAGGAUAAGGGGUGAUUUGUUCAUUUCAUCUAUCGAAACCAUAAACCGUUAUUCUUUUUUAAUAAUUGAAGCUAAACCAAUCCGACCUCAAAAUCACUAAUCGGUCAGUAUUUUUAGCUUUGCACAGGUCAGAUGAUUCAUGGCCACUGUGGUAUGGAAGAACAUCUGACUGCUGGAACGGUUUGUCUCUGUCAGUCAAUAGACAACUACUAACUUCAAACCAUGCAUCUCUCACAGACUCAUGACGGCAACACUUCAGAUUUAUCAAUAAGGAUUGGAGUCACUUGUUUCACAUACUUCAAGGUUAUCUGUAAAGCUGUCCUCUGAUAUUGUGUUGGUGUAAUACACCAAGAAUAAGCUAAGAUUGUAUUUUUUUUUGGUGAUGGUGAUGAUGGUGGUGACGGUGAUGACGAUGGACACAGCCCUGUGGACUACAAGCUGCUGUCUGUCCAGGUGAUGAUUCGCCAUGGCGACCGUUACCCCCUUUACGCCAUCCCCAAAACCAAGCGGCCUGCCAUCGACUGCACCCUGUCCCCAAAGAGGAAACCCUCCCACCCCCAGCUGAAUUCUUUCAUUGGUCACAUGGCCCAGGGGGGGCGUGGCCGCUGGGAGGGGACUCUCAGCUCGUUGCCCCGCCUCCCUAACCACAGCGCCUGUGAGAUGGGUGAGCUCACUCAGACAGGUGUGGUGCAGCACUUACGCAAUGGCCAGCUCCUUCGCCUAGCCUACAAGCGUCACAAACUCCUCCUGCCCAAUUGGUCGACCAAGCAGGUGUGGGUGGAGACUACGGGCAGGAGCCGCACCCUCCAGAGCGGGAUGGCUCUUCUGUAUGGGUUCCUGCCAGACUUUGACUGGAGCCGUCUGACAGUCCACCACCAGUGGAGCACGUUGUUCUGUGGUUCAGCCUGCGACUGUCCUGCCAGGAACCCCUAUCUGGAGGAGGAGCAGAGGAGACAGUACCGCCUCAGAGCGGCAGACACUGAACUGGAGAGGACCUACGCAGACAUGGCCCGUACACUAGGUCUGCCCCCGCGCCAGCUCAGAGCUGCCAACCCUAUAGACUCUCUGCUGUGCCACCUGUGCCACGGCCUGUCCUUCCCCUGUGUGUCAGCAGGGACUGCUCUCGGCAGUGGGGGCUGUCUGACUCUGGCCCAGUUCGCUGUGAUCCGGAGGCAGCAGUUAGAGGACGAGGUGGACAGGAGGAGGGUGGGACUGUAUCGCCGCUACGCCGUGCUCGCCACGCACCCCUACCUCAACCGCACCGCCAAUCGGAUGGAGCGCGUCGCCAAGGCCUACGCUCGGGGACGAAAACCCCGCGCUGGAGGAGAGGAGGCGUUCACCCUGUCCUCGGCUCACGACGUCACUGUCGCACCACUACUAAGCGCUCUGGGCUUGGAGGAUGCACUCUUCCCGAGGUUUGCGGCGAGGGUUGUGUUUGAGUUGUGGAAGAGUCCGCCCGCAACGCAGGGACAAUAUAAGGGGCAAGGCCAGGGCCAGAACAAGGCUGCUUGGUUGAAAGGGGAGAGGUCAAAGGGUGGUAAUUGGGGAGACAUGUUUGUGAGGGUUCUGUACAACGGAGAAGAUGUGACUUUCCAUACCACCUUCUGUCGAUCACAUGACCGCAACGCCGCACAGCCGUUAUGCCCCCUGGGUAACUUCCUGUCGUUCGUCAAGAAAGACAUGUUCAAUGUCCUCAACGCCACGUCCUACCACAACGCCUGCUACCGACAGACAGGCUGACUGACAGAUGGAAGGAUAGAGAGAGAGAAGGAGGAGGAGAAGAGAAUGAGUCAGAGGAAGAGGGAGUUAUAAUUUAGCUGAUUUUGGAAUUUGUUAAUAGCUCUUUUCCCACUUUGAUGGUAGUGUCCUUUUGACAUUUUCUAAAGUCACAAACAUUCCUAGAAAGCAUAAAUGCUGAUCAUACAUAUCACUGCAAAAAUACAUAUUUUCACCAGCAAAUUCCUAUACACAAACACACGUGCCCACAUACUUUAUACAUACUCUUCAUGCCUUCUUGAUCAGAUGUCUUUGUCGAUAAAGUUUCACUUCUAAACUGACAGCCUUGUGGUGUUGACAAUCACACCAGGAUACUUAACCUGCAAUUAUACACAUUUCAACAUUGACCUUUCUACAAUUUCUUAGUUUUGGAAAUGUUUGUAAGGAAUAGAGGUGGAAGGACUCAGGCACUUUAUUCACACAUUCCUGCAUUCCAACUGAGAAUGUUGAGAUUCCGCUUUUCCCAAAUUCCUGCAUAGAAAGGCUGUUGAAACUGGAAACACUAAACUGCCAUUUAUAGUUUGUCUUGAUAUUGUCUGACAUUUUGAUUAAAACGGUGCUGGAGACCAAUAGAAUUAGGGUCAGUUUUGCUGUACAAUUAAUUUAUUUUAGUUUACUCAACCACAUACUUUAAGCUGAAGUAGAUUUCAAUGUUAAGAAUUAAGUCAAUCCAACAAUUUACACCCAAUGCACCUUGGUGAAGGCUAGAAGGCUAGUUGUUAUGGUACGUAGAUUCCACUGCUGCUGUAAGAUGGCAAUGACAGUUAAUAAAUAUGUCAUCAGUAAUUGUAAUUUCUGUGGAUUUUUUUUUGAAUGAUGCUCAUCAGUUUGAAUAAUUAUAAUUUUGACUAUAAAGCACAUUACACAGUGGGCCACGAAGUAAUAAAACGUGUUUCCUUA